AUGAUGUAUUUGACGUGGAGCUUGCAUUUCCAGGACCAAGUUUGUUUAAUUUCCGUUUCGUUUCGCCCUGUCCUGUCCUGUCCUGUCCUGUCGCACGAAUGUUGGCGCAGCUUCCAUUAUUUCCUUACAGUAAGGUUGCCGAUCUUCCUAACCGCUGUGAACCGCGUGGUCGGGCCGGCCUAUGAUGCCAGACCUGGCUAUUCUUUUGGGAUUCUCAAAGAACGCUAUGUGACGCCCAAGUCCAUUUAUCCUUGCUGGAGCUCAACACCCACCUCUUCUUCCCAGCUUCGAAUAGGUUUAGCUUGGCAUCCUUUCUCCACAUUCAUCGAAGUCUGA